AUCGACUAUGUAUAAAUGGAAAACAUUGGUUCGUAGCUUAACGUUAAAAAGACAAUUUUCGGUGUCAACUUUACAAAGCGAUCAUUAUGUUCAGGUGCCUGAUCGCGGUUUGGUAGAAGUUGGUGGUGAAGAUAGUGUAAAAUUUUUGCAAGGACUAAUAACAAAUCAUAUGCCAUUAAUUCAAUCCGGUGGAGAUGGAUUUUAUUCAGCGUUCUUGAGUCCAAUUGGUCGCGUACUAUACGACACGUUUGUCCAUCCAAAAAACGUGGGUACAGCGUUUCCACAUCCAAUCUAUUUGGUAGAAUGUGAUUCUCGAAUAGUAUCAGAACUCAUAAAACACAUGAAAAAAUACGUUCUCAGAUCUAAAGUUUCAAUUAUUGACGUAUCAUCUCAUUAUAAUAUUUGGAAUAUGUGGGGUGAAAAUAUAAACAAUUUAUGGUGGCGGCCAUUGCCUUAA